GAGAAAAAAGAAGUAAUUUUCAUCAUCAGAUGCCAUGCCUUCUUCUUCUUCCUCUGAUCAGGUGAAGCCUCCUCUACCACUGAAACCCCCAAACCCUAGCCCUAAUUCUUCCACCUCCAUUCCAAACCCUAACCCCUCCCCCAUUUCAAACCCCAACCCUAGUCCCACUACCAUCUCAAGCCCUAACCGUCAUCCUAGAUCUACGGCUCCUCAAUCUCCAAACCCCAUUCGUCCUCCUCCUCAUUCUCUGCAGUCUUCAUUAACCAGAGCUCUCUCACCAAAAACACUAGAAACCCACCCAUCUCAUUCUCUUCAAUACCAGCCCAAGCCCUAUAGGGUUCUUCCAAGGUCACUCAAGGCCGCCUCCGAGCAAGGAGGCGUGGUCUUCAGGCCGUCGGCCAUGGCUCUGCAACCGCCUAUUAGGGCUUAUACUCCUCCCUUUGGGGUUGGAGGAGCUCAGCCUGGCUCAACAGUGCCUCAUGCCCUGGGUCCUAGAUUGGUUGGUGUGGGUUUGGGGGGUCAGUUGAGGACCUCAUCAGUUUCUGGACCAAAGAUUCCCUUGUUCUCUUCCUCACCUUCUACUUGUGAUUUUAAGAGGGAAAAAUAUGCUGACAAUUCUGUUGCUGCAACAAUAAAUGAUCGAAAAGUGAGAAUAGCUGAUGGUGGGUUCAAUUCUCUAUAUGCUCUCUGUCGUUCAUGGGUGCGGAAUGGCAUGCUUCAAGAGAACCAACACCAUCUGGGGGAAAAUGUAAAUAUACGCACUCUUCCUGGGCCUGCAGCUCUUGCUGACUGCAGCGUGUUGAAAAGUAAAAGUGGUGAGGUUGAAGAUGAUGAAACUUCGAGCAAUAAUGAGGAAGAGGAUUCAGCAGAGCAUUUAAAUGCACGUGAUCUACUUAUGCAACACAUAAAGCAUGCUAAAAGGGUUCGUAUAAGAUUGAAGGAAGAGAGACUACGAAGAAUCAAACGUUUUAAUCAAAGGCUUAGGCUCCUGCUCCCCCCUCCUCCCCCUGAUCAGAACAAAACUGAUCCACCAGCCGGAGUCUGAUAUAGAACUUGCCAGAAUCUGACCCACAAUUAAUGCAUUGGGCUCUUUGCUGCCCACUAAAGCUUGAUGGAUAUCUUCGCCCCAUUCAAAAAGCUUUCAAGCUUUCGCAACAAAGGGUACAGGAAAAUCAAAGUUAUGACAAUCAUGCGUACAUAUUCUAAUAUGAAGAUGAGAGUAGGUUGGCCUGCAUAUGUUGAUAAGGCCUAUUCAGGGUAGAAAGAGUGGGUAGAUGAGAGAAGGGGCUUGAACAUGGGUGUCAAGGAUGAUGUAACAGGUUUAAUGCUGUAAAUUUAGAGAGAGAAGGGGAAUGGUGGAUUGUGUUCACUUUUCUCAUGUGGGCGAGAAUGUGACAGCCCAGUCUUUCAUCUGUAUGUGAUGCGAGAAGAAGAUUGAUGGAGGGGAAAUAAUUCUAAUAAUAACGUGAAUAGAGAUUUUUCUUGGUUGAAUUUGUAUGGUUGCCCUAAACCUUGGAGUAAAGGCAAUUCAAUGGAUGGUUCAGAUUUUAUACGUUGGCAAAUCAUUCUCCUUAUCUUGUUUCUUUUUGAAAUACUCUUGUAUUGUCUCCUAGACCAAUGAUUCAGUAUGCACCGAUCAAAGGUGUGGUGGGAAAUCUCCAAUUAUCAGAGAAGACUAAAAGGAAAAGAGAUGUAAUCAAAGAGGUUAUGUGGAAUACUGAAUUAUAGACAAGAUUCUGGUG